AUGUUAUUCUUCGAUUUCGUGAAGAGAGCCUACUAUGCGGCAGUUAGCCCGCCGACCCCGACGAAGAGGGAUGACGCCAUCAGAAUAGGACUGCUUGGAGCAUCCACCAUAGCCCCCCUAGCCGUGAUUACCCCCGCCAAGUCGCACCCGGAAGUCAUCGUGGCAGCGGUCGCUGCUCGAGAUCGCGAGCGUGCCCGUCAGUACGCCAAGAAGCACAGCAUUCCGAUUGUCCAUAACACCUAUCAAGACCUUCUGGACGAUCCAGCCAUCGACGCAGUCUAUAUAGCUCUGCCGAAUUCUCUACACUACGAGUGGGCCCUGCGUUCCAUUCAAGCAGGAAAGCAUGUCCUUCUUGAGAAGCCGUCCUGCUCGAAUGCCGAGGAGGCACGGAAACUCUUCCGACACCCACUGGUGACUGGACCGAAUGCCCCAGUGCUCCUUGAGGCUUUUCACUAUCAGUUUCACCCAGCCUGGCAGGCUUUUCUCUACCAUGUUAAUCACCUUCCCUGGGGCGCGACUGUAGACCAUGUCUAUUCCCAGCAGUAUCUUCCCAAAGGGUAUCUGAAUAAGGAUGACAUCCGCUUUAAAUAUGGCUUGUCAGGCGGCUGUCUCAUGGACCUAGCAACGUAUCCUCUCUCCUGCGUGCGGCAGGUCCUGGGUAGGGGGGAGCAUCUCAAUCCCAUUGAAGCAAUGCAUCGCCCCUUGCCUGUUGCAUCAGAUGGAUCUCAGGUGGAGCCACAAAUUGACGUGGCAAUAAAAGCUACCUACGCUACGGACAGUGACAAGACCGCAGAAAUUAGGGGUGAUUUGUUAUAUGGGGGAGGACCUUCGAUUCUUCCGGCGUCAUGGUCUCAUUCCCUGCCAUCGUUCAAAUGGCCCAUGACUGAGGCAAGAUCAGGAGAGAUACUACUUAGUGGCCAGGGCAAUGAAGAGCGCCACUUUGUCCAACGGAAAGUGACGUUGUGGAAUCACCUCAUUCCGACAGUCUAUCACCGGAUCGAUAUCUGCGAUAAGCAUACUAUCCGCCGAGGGGAAGAGAUUGUGAAGACGUGGGAUGUGAUGGAGCAUCUCAAAGCAUACAACUGGCCAGCGGGCGAUGUGCGAGCGCAGACCUAUCAGGAAUGGUGGACGACCUGGCGCUGUCAGCUAGAAGAGUUUGUGAACCGAAUCAAGGGUCGUGCGGGCUCCGGGGUGUGGAUCGACGGUGAGGAGAGCAUUGCGCAGAUGGAGGCGAUCGACGAGACGUACAUUCAGGCGGGAUUGAAUGCACGGCCGACCAGUGCUUUUGAGAUUGCAACUGAAUGA